AUGAAAUCAAACAAAGUCUCAAGUCAAUCAAAGAGCAUCAAGAUAGUACUUCGGGGCUUUCCACCAUCAAUUGACGAAGACUCUACACGUCAGCAAUUGGGCACGCUUCCGGCAGAGCCGGUCUACUGGAGAUUCAGCCCCGGUAACCCACACCUUGACUGCGCCGUUAGGCCAUUCCUCAUUAUUGCCUUUGCCAAUGACGAGGACGCGGUGAACUUUGCAGAUCGAUUUCAUGGUUUUGUUUUUGUUGAUUCAAAGGGGGCCGCAUCGAGUGUUUUUGUCGAAUUAGCUCUCAAUGUUUCAAUUCCAAAAACUACCAGAGAAACGGUCAACAAAGAUCCGGAAAUUGGAAAAGUUAACGAGACAAAUGAGUUUAAACAGUAUGUCGAAAACAUCAAAGACACUUCAACGCGUCUGUCUAUUGACCAACAACUCAAAAUUAUCGAUGAGAAACGCUCGAAGCUUGUCGUCGGUGAAAUCACUCCUUUGGCUAAAUUUGUUCUACAACAACACAUUCAAAAACGUGACCGAAUCGAAGAACGUCGAAAAGUCAAGGAGGAAGAACAUAAGACCAGAAAGGAGAAACGAGCUGCUCGUUUGGAGAAAGAGGAGAAAGAGUUGGAUGGUCGAGCGAAAGGACAAAAGUUGUUGGGAUUCAUGAAACGUGAACCGAAAGAGGAGAACGAAACAAAGUUAGAAAACAUUUCCAAGAGGGAAGUGAGAUCAAAGUGGGGUGCUUCAAAUGCUUCUUCAAGUAAUGCUGCAGGAAAAGUUGUGAAAAACUCGGAUCAUCGAGCUAGCACCAAGAAAAAUCCAAACGAAACAAUCGCGAAAGUGAAUGUGGUUACAAAAGAAGCGGAUGCAAGCGGGAAAGAUACGGGCCAUUCAGACGGUGGUGUUCAAAACAAGGCGCACUUCACCGAAAAGGUCGCUGAUAAAGGAGCUCGCCGUGAACGGAAACCACGAGUUGAGCGAGAGAUCUAUCGACCUGGAAGGAAAUGUCCCAUCAAAGAAGGGUUCUCGAGAUAUGCUUUAUUACGCCAUGUCACUUGGAGUUGUUGCGAUCGGUGCAACUUUUGCCGCAAUACCACUAUACAGAAUUUUCUGCGAACAGACAAGUUUUGGAGGCCUAACGCAGAUAGCCAAAGACUUUGCCAAAAUUGCCACGAUGCAGAAAGUGGAGGGAUCGUU